AUGGUGGAAACCAAAUUCACCGAGACGGAAAUAUCUACUUCCGCGCAAGCACGUACAUGGUUCGAUCGUUUUUGUCUUGUGCAGAGACGCAAAGAUCCAAAAACUCACACCUGGUGGCAGAAGCAUGCCAUUAUUGCGAUUAUUACUCUAUCUGCUUUUACCGCGCCUUUUGCCUCAUGCAUCCUCUUCCCGUCCUUCACUACUCUCGUGGAUCAUUUCCAUACUACUGAUACUAAGGUCGCCCUGACUACGACCGUCUUCCUUCUGGGUCUAGCAGUUGCUCCAUUGUGGUGGAGUACACUAAGCCAGGAGUACGGUCGCCGACCGGUGCUAGUAUUCAGCUUCCUGAUCUCAACGGUAGCUGUGAUUGUCUGCGCCGUAUCAAAUUCCCUCACCCUGAUCAUAGUCUUUCGUCUCAUCGAGGCACUAGGCUGUUCCUCUGCGCAAAGUGUGGGAGCAGGGGUCAUUAGCGAUAUAUACAUUUCUACCGAAAGGGGCUCUGCUCUAGGAUGGUUCUACCUCGGCACGUUGAUUGGACCUUUGAUUGCGCCAAUUAUUGGAGGUGCCCUUCAAGUUUGGCUUGGCUGGCGAUCAACACUAUACUUCAUGGCCAUCUUUACAUUCAGCACCGCUAUGCUCACGAUGUUAUGUCUUCCCGAGACCUUGGUCAAAUCUUCCACUGAAGGCCAGGAGGAAAAACUGUGGUGGUAUCAAACAGCAACGCGCAACGUCCUAGCCCCUUUGCCAAAGUUGAAAUUCCUAUUGGUGCCAUCAAUUGCUUUGACAAUCGCCUAUGUGAGUAUCUGUUUCGCCAGUCUAUACUGUUUUAACACGACCCUUCCGUAUGCGUACUCGGCGGCGCCCUACAAUUUCUCCGCCAUCGAAAUCGGACUUUGUUAUAUCAGCAAUUGCCUUGGAUACGCAAUUGGAAGCGUCGUAGGAGGCAAAUUGAGCGAUUCUAAAUUGCGACAGUACCAGCUUGCGCAUGGUGGAGAGAUUCGCCCCGUUGAAAGAAUUAAGACCGUAUGGUAUGGUGUUGGCUUCGUUCCGGCGGGGUUGAUCAUCUAUGGCUGGCUGGUCGAAAAACAGGUGUUCUGGAUCGCUCCCCUGGUUGGCGCUUUUUUGUUUGGACUAGGCCUCAUGCUUGUCACAUCAACCAUCAUGCCCUUCCUCGUGGACGUCAAGCCGGGAGUGGGUGCUUCGGUUGUGGCUGAUCUGAACCUGGUCCGGAACAUUUUGGCCGCCAUUGGCACUGUUCUGUCGCCGAUCGGAGUUUCAAAUAUUGGUUUUGGAUGGUGGAUGACAAUUCUAGCCCUCAUGUGCUCCUUGGCGGUCUUUUUGAUCGUGAUUGUUGUCUGGAAGGAAGGAGCUGAAAAGAAACCAGCCUCGGAAUGCGUGGUGUGA